CAGCCAUCCAGCCAUUCAUCCAGCCAUGUCGUCAACGAAAACGGCAGUUCCCUGGAUGAAUUGAAGGAAACAUGUGAGCCUUAAAUACUCGCCCACUCCCUUCUCAAGGUCCUCAUUCCGUGAGCACCUUGGUCGCUAUCGAAUCAUUUUCCCCAAUCAACACACGCCAUCCAAUAACGCCGAAAUGCCUUUGACCGGUCACUGCCUGUGCAAGGCUGUCACCUACUCUGCUGACGUCGACCAGCCUGCUCUGGUUGCGUACGAUCAUUGUGAUGACUGCCAGCGUCAGAGCGGGUCAACCUACUCCCUGGUUGCUGUGGUCCCCAAGGCAACAUUGACCAUCAACGGACCUGUCAAGACUUGGUCCGGCAAGGGAUCUUCCGGUAAUGCGGUGCACCGUCUUUUCUGUUCGGAAUGUGGGUCGCCUAUCGCCCAUGACCCGGAUGCUGCCCCGGAGAUCAUUGCUCUGAAGGCGGGGACUUUGGACACGGAGAUUAAGAAAACCCUGAAGCCUGUAUGUUGAUGCCCUGUCAUGUCGUCGCCUACUGAUCUUUCUAGGACACCGAGAUCUGGACUGUCAGCAAGCUUCCAUUCUGCCAGGAGCACCUGGCCAAGCCUUUCGAGCAUAUGCCUCAGUGAGCUGCUUAUGGAGUAUGGAGAUAUGAUGACGAUGAUAUCAGAUGUAGUUAAUACGAAC